GCUUCCUUGGAUUCGCGCCUGGCAACGGCUGGGCGUCCAGCUAUGGCCUGCUGAGGCUCAGGCGUCGCGUCUUCUCCCGGCCCACUCGCGGUCAGCCCGCUCCCCUUGGCGCGAGGCACAGAUGAUGGAAAAUGUGCACCUGGCGCCAGAAACAGAUGAGGACGAUCUUUAUUCUGGUUUUAAUGACUACAAUCCAGCCUAUGAUACUGAGGAGUUGGAGAAUGACACUGGUUUUCAGCAAGCAGUGAGAACCAGUCAUGGCAGAAGACCUCCAGUAACUGCUAAAAUACCAAGCACAGCAGUCAGCAGACCCAUAGCCACUGGAUAUGGGUCUAAGACAUCCCUGGCAUCAUCGAUGGGAAGACCAAUGACAGGGACUAUUCAGGAUGGAGUUGCUCGACCCAUGACGGCAGUGAGAGCAGCUGGCUUUUCCAAGUCAGCUUUGAGAGGUUCAGCAUUUGAUCCCCUCGGCCAGUCCAGGGGUCCUGCUCCUCCUUUGGAAGCCAAAAACGAAGAUAGCCCAGAAGAGAAGAUCAGACAGCUGGAGAAGAAAGUGAACGAGCUGGUCGAGGAGAGCUGUAUCGCCAAUAGCUGUGGGGACUUAAAGCUGGCCUUAGAAAAGGCAAAAGAUGCAGGAAGAAAAGAAAGAGUCCUGGUGAGGCAACGGGAGCAAGUUACAACUCCAGAAAAUAUCAACUUGGAUUUAACGUACUCCGUUCUCUUCAACUUGGCCAGUCAGUAUUCAGCCAAUGAAAUGUAUGCAGAAGCACUGAACACAUACCAAGUGAUAGUGAAAAAUAAGAUGUUUAGCAAUGCAGGGAGACUGAAAGUGAAUAUGGGAAAUAUUUAUUUAAAGCAGAGGAAUUACUCCAAAGCCAUUAAAUUCUACCGAAUGGCCUUAGAUCAGAUCCCGAGUGUCCAUAAGGAAAUGAGGAUUAAAAUAAUGCAGAACAUUGGGAUUACAUUUAUAAAAACUGGUCAAUAUUCAGAUGCCAUUAAUUCAUUCGAGCACAUCAUGAGUAUGGCCCCGAAUCUGAAGGCAGGCUUCAACCUAAUUCUCAGUUGUUUUGCCAUUGGAGACCGAGAAAAAAUGAAGAAGGCAUUCCAGAAGUUAAUUGCUGUUCCCUUAGAAAUUGAUGAAGAUGAUAAGUACAUCUCCCCAAGUGAUGAUCCCCAUACUAAUUUACUGAUUGAAGCUAUAAAAAAUGACCAUCUUAGGCAAAUGGAACGUGAAAGGAAAGCCAUGGCAGAAAAAUACAUCAUGACAGCUGCAAAACUCAUCGCUCCUGUAAUCGAAGCAUCUUUUGCCGUGGGUUAUAACUGGUGUGUGGAAGUGGUGAAAGCGUCUCAGUACGUAGAGCUGGCCAACGACCUGGAGAUUAACAAAGCGAUUACAUACUUAAGACAAAAGGACUUUAACCAAGCUGUAGACACCUUGAAGAUGUUUGAAAAGAAGGACAGUAGAGUGAAAAGCGCAGCUGCCACCAACCUCUCGUUCCUGUAUUACCUGGAAAAUGAAUUUGCCCAAGCCAGCAGCUAUGCAGACUUAGCUGUGAACUCAGAUAGAUAUAACCCAUCCGCUCUCACUAAUAAAGGGAACACGGUUUUUGCCAACGGUGAUUAUGAGAAGGCAGCUGAAUUCUAUAAGGAGGCCCUGAGAAACGAUUCUUCUUGUACUGAAGCACUUUAUAACAUUGGCCUCGCCUAUAAGAAGCUAAACCGUCUAGACGAAGCCUUGGACUCGUUCCUGAAACUGCAUGCGAUCCUUCGGAACAGCGCUCAAGUUCUUUGCCAGAUAGCAAAUGUAUACGAGCUAAUGGAAGAUCCCAACCAAGCGAUUGAGUGGCUGAUGCAGCUGAUCAGCGUUGUUCCGACUGAUUCCCAAGCUCUGUCUAAACUGGGCGAGCUGUACGACAGCGAGGGGGACAAGUCCCAGGCCUUCCAGUACUACUACGAGUCAUACAGGUAUUUCCCUUCUAAUAUCGAGGUCAUUGAGUGGCUCGGAGCCUAUUACAUUGAUACCCAGUUCUGUGAAAAAGCUAUUCAGUACUUUGAAAGAGCGUCUCUUAUACAACCCACACAAGUAAAAUGGCAGCUGAUGGUAGCUAGCUGUUUCAGAAGAAGUGGUAACUACCAAAAGGCAUUAGAUACUUACAAAGAGAUUCACAGGAAAUUUCCAGAGAAUGUUGAAUGCUUACGUUUCUUAGUUCGUCUCUGCACAGAUAUCGGAUUAAAAGAAGUUCAAGAAUAUGCCACAAAACUCAAGCGGUUGGAAAAAAUGAAAGAAAUGAGGGAACAGGUUACAUAGACCUCUCUGUGCAGCUCAAGUUGGCCUCAAACUAAUGGCAAUCCUUUUUCCUCAGCCUGCUGGAAUUAUAGGUAUGUACCGCUGCACCAAGGCCACAAUGGCUUAACUUUAAUGUGAGCGUAAGCUUUAAGAAACAUGGAUUGUGGGCUGGAGAGAUGGCUCAGUGGUUAAGAGCACCAGCUGCUCUUCCAGAGGUCCUGAGUUCAAUUCCCAGCUACCACAUGGUGGCUCAUGACUCUCUAUAGUGGGAUCCUGAUCUGGCAUGUAGGUGUACAUGCAGAUAGAGCACUCAUAUACAUAAAUAAAUAAACCUUUAAAAAAAGAAACAUUGAUUACAAAAAAUUUCUGAGCAAUGCAAUUUAGGGAUUAAGUAUACUUAGAGUUUCCUUUUCUCGCAAUAUUUUCAGUUCGCCACUAAAAAAAUCCCAUCUUAACUUUGAGCUGAGUUGGGUCAGUGUGGUUGCUGUUCAUUCUUCAUUUCUGUGGGAGUCACUUUUGCCUCUGCUCUGUCUCCCUUGGCCCUUGUAUCUUCUCUUGCCCUCUUUUGCCUUAUUACAGUCUCUAUAGUAGUGGGACCCUUCUUAAAAUCUGGAUGACCUCUUUAGACUGAUAUUCCAGGAACUAAAGGACAUUACUGAAUUUAAAUGACUAGAGUAACUUCACUGGACCCACUCUUCCUUCUUGUUCCUGCUCAGCCUUUUCGUUUCUCUGUAUCAGAAUGUUUAUAUGUUCAUUAAGGAGCACAGACCUGAAGCUGUUUCAUAUUCAUUGUACUUUGAAGAAAUAAAGCUACCUUCUUAUGGCGAAAAGAAUGGUUUCUUCUGAGGAUCCAUCCUAAUGGGGAUUAGACUAGGAUUUGGCAAGCCUUGUUGUCAUUGGGAAAGUGCAAUAAAUCAUGGAAACUGUACAUCAGAGGAACAAACUGUUUGUCAGGGACCCUCAGGGAUUAGAGAAAUCUUUUUAACAAUUGAUAUCUUUCUCUGCCGCUAAUUCUUAUUCCUGGAUGGCUCCCUCAGACUCUUCUGUGUCUGUCUCACCUAUCACCACGUCAACAGCUCUGCCCACUCAGGGCCUCAGAUGCUGCAUCACUAGGGUCAGGGUAACCUGUGACGCCGACUGUCACGUAGACAUGUUCUGUCACUACAGCUUUCCCUAAAUGGUUCAUACUCUACCUCAGUCUUCAGUUUCCUCAGAACCUUUGACUUCUACAGACUCUGUGCUCCCUGUUUUUCUUUUCUCCCGUCCACCCAUGAUUCUUUUUGCAUAAGAGCAUUG